AAACAUGAGGGAAAAAUCCCAUCCAAUUCUAAACUUAAUUAAUUUGGAUUUGAGUAGUCAUCCGCGAGACAAACACUGACUCUGUGAGGCUAAUUCCUAAACAACAAACCAAAACCAUAAACCCCGGAGACAAAGAUUCAAAUGCGGCUUCUGUCCUAGUCAUUUCUUGAGUUUCUUUCCCAAAUAUAUCUUUAUAAAUUUAAUGGCCAGGCUUUUCCGAAGCGCUGCGUUACUUAAGAAGUCGCUUCUUUCUCCGCAGGGUUUAAGAGAGGGCUUACUUGGAACCUCCUCCCAGAUUCGCAAUCUCUCUUCCAAAGGUAAAAGGAAAUGCAAGUCAGAGCUCAGUGAUUCAGGAGAAGAGAAUCUAUCUAAGAAAGAUCUUGCAUUGAAGCAAGCACUAGAUCAGAUUACAACUGCAUUUGGGAAGGGCUCUAUUAUGUGGCUUGGUCGCUCUGCCUCUCCUAAAGAAGUUCCAGUGGUUUCUACAGGAUCAUUAGCUUUAGAUAUAGCUCUCGGAAUUGGUGGUUUUCCUAAGGGACGAGUUGUUGAGAUUUAUGGUCCAGAGGCUUCUGGCAAAACAACUUUAGCACUGCAUGUAAUAGCUGAAGCACAGAAGCAAGGAGGUUACUGUGUGUUCAUUGAUGCUGAGCAUGCCCUUGAUCCAAUUCUUGCCAAAUCCAUAGGUGUAAACACUGAAAAUUUACUUCUCUCACAACCAGACUGUGGUGAGCAAGCUCUUAGUCUUGUGGAUACUAUUAUUCGGAGUGGUUCCGUGGAUGUUGUUGUUGUAGACAGUGUAGCUGCCCUUGUGCCCAAAGGUGAACUUGAUGGAGAGAUGGGAGAUGCACACAUGGCAAUGCAAGCUAGACUUAUGAGCCAGGCACUACGCAAAUUAAGCCAUUCUUUGUCUCUCUCACAGACUAUAUUGAUCUUUAUAAAUCAGGUCAGGGCAAAACUAUCUAUUACAGGUUUUGGGGGGCCCACUGAAGUCACUUGUGGUGGCAAUGCAUUGAAGUUCUAUGCUUCAAUGCGCUUAAAUGUUCGAAGAAUUGGAUUUGUCAAGAAAGGAGAAGAGAUUAUUGGAAGUCAAGUUCUUGUGAAGAUUGUAAAAAAUAAGCAUGCUCCUCCAUUUAGAACUGCACAAUUUGAGCUGGAGUAUGGGAAGGGCAUAUGUCAAGAAGCUGAAGUCAUAGAGUUGGGUUGCAAACUUAAGUUUAUUACAAAAUCGGGUAGCUUUUAUAAUUUAAAUGGUAAGAGUUACCAUGGUAAGGAUGCUCUUAAGCGUUACCUAGCUGAGAAUGUUAGCGUAAAAGAUGAACUUAUGGCAAACCUCAGAGAGAAGCUCACUGAGAAUGAGCCAGAUAAGGAUACAGAGAUUCAUACUGAAGUUGCAGGAGAUUUGACUGUGGAGGUUGCUUCUGACGAAGAAUUAGCGACUGCAGUUGAGGCAUAACCAUGUGAAUGAUAAUUAUUAUGCCUUGCUGAUGAAAUUUUGGUCCCAUUGUAACAUGUUAACAAUAUCUGCAUCUUGUUCACGGCUUCUUUAACUGCAUGAUAGAGUCGUAGUUUGGUAAUUAGGACCAACAAUCGCAAGGUUAAUCACCUUAAUAGCUCAUGAAAUUAUUCUACGAGGUCAGGCUAUAAAUAGCAACAUUGUAAGCAGGAAUUCUUAUGGAAUGACAUGAUGCUGCCUUUUCUUUUCUUCAGCA